CAGCGCGUGUCCAACCAGCGCAUUAGCGAGUAACUUCCCUGACAUGCAUGUUCUUCGGUAUAUAUUGUGUUGAAUUUUUAUCGGUAAUUCGUGUGUCACAGCCCUGACCUAAAAAACCAUUUUUGUUUUUUUCAAAUUCAUGAUUUCCCCUCGUUCGGUGAAUAACGUUGAAUCCAGGUAGAUAACACAGAUUGGACCAAAUACUGCACCAGCGCUGCAUGAAACAUGGCGACAGGGAAGAGAACGGUGGUAAUAGCGAUGGAUGGAAGCUACCAUUCUGGGUAUGCCUUCCAAUGGUACGUGGAUAACAUACGGAAACCUAACGACGUCGUUUACAUUGUGCACAGCUUGGAGAGAUUGCGCAACGAGCCGUUCCAGACCGCCUUGGGGACCGCUGAUGUCCAGGCUGUGUGUAACGUUCUGAAGGAGGAGGAGGAACAAGAGAAGACACUGCUGGACAAACUCAACGAACUGCUGAAGGAAAACAAAUUAACCGGUGAAGUCAAAACAGGAAGUGGUGGGAAACCGGGGGAAGUGGUCAUAAAGAUAGCCAAUGAGGUGGGAGCUGACAUGAUCGUCUGCGGCAGUCGGGGGCACGGAAAGCUCCGAAGGACGGUAAUGGGCGUGGUUAGUGACUUCAUCUUGCACCAUUCGGAAGUCCCUGUAACUAUAUGUCGCCACAAGCCACAUAAUCCGGAACUACGAAAACAGAAUAGUCUGGAGCCUAAGUGACUUUCUCAAUAAACAAAAAUGCAUGUUUUACCUCGAAAGGUUUUUUUUUUCAAAUUAGAAGCAAGGAGGUACUUGAAAUGUAUGCUUGGGUAAUUUUAAAGCACAUGCACUGUAUAUGUUUGAAUUUGUUUCUGUAACAAGUAGUUUUCAGGUUACCAUGACAAACACUUUAAAAAUGUAUAUAUAGAAAUUACUUGCUGAUUAUUAUGAAAUCUUGAAACCUUAUUGUAAUUUUAUAAAAUGACCAUUGAAUACGAUUAAUCCAUUCAGCACACUAUUUACUGUUAUCAAAAUUUCAAAUAGCGUACAUUGCUGAGGACCUAACUUAUGCACACGGGUCAUGUUCAACGUUGAAAGAACAAACAAUGAAAGAGACA